AUGAACUUCUUCCGCGACAGGGACGCCAACUCCGACGUCUUUGACGAUCCCAGCAACGAUCCAACCGCCCCUUCGCCCUCCACCUCCCCACGCAAGAGACAGAGGACCUCGCCACCCGCCUCUGCCUCGGCAUCGACUUCCUCUCACACCCGAGAUACUGCAGACAACGAUGAUGCACUUGCAAGCCUGCGCAAACGCAUGGCGGGCCCAUCUUCCGCAAAAGCAGGUCUCGCAAAGGAUCAGGACGAGAUCAACAAAAUCAUCUACCAAGUCUCCAAGGGCAGCAAGUUUUUCGACAACGAACGCAAGAAGGAUGCCCAGACCACCGAGCGCAUCAACGCGCUCCUCGCGCGCCGCGACCAGAAGCUCCUCCAAGUACCGCCCGGCAGUCCCGAGUGGCUCUCGAUAGAGCGCAAGAUCAACGACAUGGCCAUGCGCCUCGAAGACACACGCGACCUCUCGCGCACCAUCCUCCACACCGACAUCGACAUGUUCUACGCCGCCGUCGAGCUCGCCAGAGAUCCUUCGCUCAAGGGCAAAUGCUUUGGCGUAGGCUCCGGCGUGCUCGUCACCGCCUCCUACGAAGCGCGCCGCGGCUACGGCGUGCGCAGCGGCAUGGCCGUCUUUGUCGCAAAGGCGCUCUGCCCGCACCUCAUCGUGGUCAAGAACGACAUGCAGAGCUACGUCGCUGCAAGCCACAAGGUCAUGGCCGUAUUCGAACGCUACGACGAAAACCUCGCCCAAGCCUCUCUCGACGAGGCCUACCUCGACAUCACCGACUACCUCGAACAGCACGGCGGAUCGAUCGACGAGGUGGUGCAGCAGCUUCGCGAUGAGGUCCGAAACGAGACGCAGCUCACCGUCAGCGUGGGCAUCGCGCCCAACACCAUGCUCGCCAAGAUCUCGAGCGACCGCAACAAGCCCGACGGCCAGUUCCGCGUGCAUCCGGACCGCAAGACCAUCGUCGACUUUAUGCGCGAUCUGCCGUGUCGCAAGAUACCAGGCAUCGGACGCGUCAACGAGCGCAUCCUCGAGAGCCUCGGAGUCAACACGUGCGGCGACAUCUGGCACAACCGCGUCCAGCUCUGGCUCGCCCUCGACGGCAAGAUCGACUGGCUCAUCAAGGCGCAUCUCGGCAUCGGCAAUACCGUCGUCGAGCCGAGCAAGCGCGAGCAACGCAAGAGCGUCGGGCGCGAACAUACAUUCAGCCCGACGUCGGAUACACAGUCGCUGUUGGAUCUGCUCAAGGAGUCGGCGCAGCGCGUGCAGAACGAUCUCGAGCGGCUCGAUUUCAAGGGUAAGACCGUCACGCUCGUAGCCAAGCGCGACAACUAUCAGCGCUUCUCGCGCGCGCGCACCUCGACCCGGCUCGUGCAUACUGCCGAGGAGCUGUACGAGAUCACGAGCAGCCUGCUGCUGCAAGAGAUCGAGCGCCAAGGUCCGCUCUCGCUGCGCCUCAUUGGUGUGAGGGUGACGCAUCUCGUGGAUCUGCGUUCGGCAGCUGCGGGAGAACAAAGACUCAGGAAGCUCUUCCAAGCGCGUGCCUCCGACACUGCUCAAUCCGAUACUGCGCCUGAAGGCUCAGGAACGGACGCGCCAAAGACAGCUCAAGAGUGGCACGACGAAGAGGAGCGCCAACUCGCACUGGCUAUCAAGCGCUCACUUGAAGGUCAGGCGGAUCCGUUCAGCGAUGUGCGGGAUCUCAGCCAGGACGAACCGGCCCCAACUCGCACUGAGGAAAUGUCGCGCGAAUCACCGUCGACCAGUGUCGAGGAUCCUUCGGCCGCAUCAACCACUCGCGCCGAGGCCGAGGUAGGUGUCGAUUGUCCUGUGUGCGGCGCUCGGAUCAGCGGCACAAACGACCAGCUCAACGCGCACAUUGACGAGUGUCUCAAUCCUCCCCGUGCCGCCACGCCCCGACCUGUGGAUAGACGCAGGAAAGGUCCAUUAGACUCGUUUGUUCGUCGCUCCAACUAG